AAUUGCGAAAGGAAAGUGAAACAACAAAUAAAUCAGCGUGGCGAAGAGAGAGCAUGAUUGUUUAUCCGUGCACUGUCUUUAUUAUCUAAAUGUUAGGCUUUUGAAACAAGUGUGUUCCUGUCAGCCAAGAAGAGAAAGGACCAAAGAUGCAGAGGAUUGUAAAACCCAAGACACAAAGAGGGAGGAGGGCUUUGGAAAGAAAGGAGCCAAAAAUAUUUGAGAACUCUAAGUCUACUCUUUUCUUCAAAGGAGGCAAUACAAGUCAAACUGUGACGCAAGUAUUGAAAGAAAUGCACACAUUGAAGAAGCCCCAUGCCACAAUGUUUGGCAAAAAAAAUGCAACUCGUCCAUUUGAAGAUCAAUCCACAGUGGAGUUCUUCACAUCCAAGUCAGACAGCUCUCUGUUCAUGUAUGGCUGCCACUCAAAAAAGAGGCCAAAUAAUUUAGUCAUUGGAAGACUUUAUGAUAGCCAGGUCCUGGACAUGGCAGAGUUUGGUAUUGACAAGUUUGUGUCAAUGAAAGAUGUGGAGGGCCAAAAGGCUUCGAUGGGGAUCAAACCAUGUCUCGUCUUUUCUGGUGAUCUCUUUGAGGAAAACGAUGACAACCGCAGAGUCAAGAACUUGUUAUUAGAUUUCUUCCGAGGGCCGACAGUGGACAACGUCAGCCUCUCAGGCCUUGAGCAUGUUAUGUCAAUUCAUGGAGCAAAUGGAAAAGUUUAUAUCCGCAAUUUUAGGGUCCUCAUGAAAAAGUCAGGAUCGAAGACUCCUCGUGUGGAACUGCAGUCUAUGGGACCAUCGUUAGAUCUAUCCUUGAGGAGGACGCGACUUGCUUCUGACGACUUGUUCAAGAGGGCCUUGAAGAAACCAGCCACAGCCAAGCCAAAGAAGAAAAAGAAUGUUUCUCAUGAUGACCUGGGUAACAAGCUGGGCAGAAUCCACAUGAACACACAAGACUUUGCCAAGCUUCAGGCCAGGAAGCUGAAGGGUCUAAAAAGGAAAGGACCGGUCGCCAAUGGCACAGAUGCGGGUGAUGAGUCAAAAAAACAGAAAGUAGAUGAGACGUGAUGACCUGUAUUUCACCCAUGCUAUUACUACUGAUGUAUAAUAAUUACAGUCUAGCACGCACCUAGCAAAAUCCACGCUGCACUGAAAUUUUUUUCAAGUGCAAAUUUCAGUUUGUACAUGUUUUAAUUACAAAGAAAUACAUGUGCAAAAACAAUUCGGGACCUGAAAAUCUGUUGGCUAUGUGUGUGCUAGACUGUUAUCUCUAUAUUUUACUCCCAAUUGCAUUGUCCUGUGUGACUGAGACUGAGAGUGUACAUGAUAUUGUGAGUUGAGGUGGAGAAUAUCAAAAAGUCUGAAUUCUUUUUGAUCAAUCAUGGAUGAAAUGAGUUUCAUUUUGUAUAUUCUGUGAGUCGGAGAAUAAAUCAGUAAUUUCACUCAC